AUGUCGACGAUUCAGACGACUUUUUCUGGCAUUUGUUGCAUCGACCACCGUAACCACCGUAACUCGAUGCUCAACCACCACCGCGUGGGAGCAAAAGCGAAGAAAAUGAAGAAGAGGAGGAAGGUUUGUAGUCGUCGUGAUGAUGAUGAUUUUGGCGAAGGUAAAAAUAUAGAUAUGAUGGAGGAAACAAAGUCCGAAGCGGCGGCGAUGAUGGCGGUAGCGAUGAUGAUGACGACGACGAUGACGAUGGUAAACGACCACAACCCAUUUUUCGUGGCAUUCGCGGAGACGAAGUUUCUGCCAAUACCGGAAACGAGCGUGCCUUUGACCUCAACGUGCGGGAACUUCUCCAAAGAACGGUUGGAUAUCGCGAGGCAAAUAUUAAUCUGCAACCAAGAGUCCGGCGCGAAGAACUGGAAGCAAGCGUGCUUGUCGCAUUACUCCGCAAACGUGGAGUACACGGACGGACCGGGGUUGACCAGAGUCGUUGGGCGGGACAACAUGCGGCAAUACUUGAAGAACCAGUUUGAUUUUUCCCGGCAAUGGUUAAGCGUAACGGACGAAGUGUGCGACGCGGAUAAGUACGUCGCGGAAUGGAAUUUAAGCAUGGAUUUGGGGAUAGGGAGCUUUCGAGAUCUUCCCGGGGUAACCGUGUUGAAAUUUAUGGAAGAUGGGAGCGAUUUGGUGAAAUAUCAUCGAGAUUAUCUGCCGGAUGGGAACAUCGUGGAACGACAGCCGGUUGUAGGAAACUUGGUGAAAUUUCAGCGCGAGACGUAUUCGAGAUGCAUGGCUUCGAAAGAAGGCUGCGUUGGCCUGUUAGGCGGACCGGGUAAAUAA